AUGAGUCUCAUAUAUUCUCUAUUUGCACCCAUCAUUUUUCUUGUCACAUUCAUCUAUAACCAUGUGAGUUUUGCUUUUUUUUUCUGAAAUAUUCGACUUCUUCAACAGGUUCUCAUUAUUCUAUUCACUCUGUGCAUAAUCGGAGCCGUCGCCUUCUUCGUCUCCUACUAUCUCUUCGCCUACAACAACUCCUCAUCGGCCAAUUCGAGCGCCGCUCCAUCGGCCAGAAACUCUCCGAACAGUAAGUUAAUGUUGGCGGAAUGUGACUUUGCACCGCCCGUGUUUUGAUCUUCCAGAAGAGCGUAACAAAAAAGUUCCGACGAUUCUGGAGACAGACAACGAAGAUGAUGAGACGCGGCCAGACGGAUCUCCUCAAACGGAAACUCCAACUCCAGUACAGAUGGAGCCUCUCACGUCCCUUCCCCUGGUGAACUCCAACAGCUCUACUGGCCUUUCGAAUACACGACGCAUGCGGAAACGAGAUUGGGCCAAAAAAAUCUACAAGAGUAUUGUGGUACACAAAUAUCAAAAAUAUUCCAUAAAGCUUUAAUUGUUUCAGCAAGAUUCUCCCGGCCGCACUCCCAGUGACGACUCGACGGACGAGGAAAAUGCGAACGUGGUCAUGGGCAGCAAUUCUCUUCAGCGCCGUCGUAAGCAGUCGAACGCGAGCCGUCGACGUCAUUCGACUGCCUUUCAGAUGGCCAAAGAGUGAGACGCACUAUAAAAGCUAAUCGCACAUUUAUUCUUUCAGUCUUAUUCGUCGCGGAAGCCGUGUCUAUUUCCGGCAGAACCAGGAGAACAACAGGGACACACGUGUCCGCCCUCCCCAGGAAUUCUUUGAACCGACUGAUUUGCCCGAAAUCCCUCAAAAUCUGCAACCCGAGAUUUUCUACAUCCUGCAUAACCUCAAGUAAUGCUUCCUGUUUCGCACUCAUUCUCAUUCUUGCAUAUUCAGAAUGCUAGAACUCCCAUCCGAAUGGAAACUAGAUCCUCGAGAAAUCGAAGUGAGAUCUUUCCAAACCGGUGAUUAUAUUGUGAAACCGGGAGAGUCGGACGACGCCAUCUACGUGGCGAUUGACGGCGAAUUGACUGUCCACAUCAGAGUGAGUCAGUUCUGAUCGAACUUCAGGGCUGGCCCGCGAUUCUUGGGGGCCUGCCUGCGCUUGGGCCUUUGGGCCACUCGCAAUAUUGUGAUAGGGGGCCCUCGAAAAGCCUGGGUUGGCCAAAUGCCCAGCCCUGGCGAAUUUACAACUUCGCAAAUUUUAGCACAUGGAAGGAAAAGAGUAUUUGGUGAAGAGAAUUCCGGCAGGAGGCAGUUUCUUCUCGUUGCUCUCCAUGCUCGACAUCCUCAUGGAUUUCCCGUCUAUCUUCAGAACUGUCGCGUUGAAAGCGGCCGAGCCAUGCAGAGUUGCCAAGUGAGUUGACCUCGUCCUUCUGGUACUAAUCGAGGCUUCAGAUUUCCGAUAACUUCGUUCCGCCAGUCGUACAACAGUAAUCCGGAGGCGUGGAUCCGUCCUAUUCAAAUUGUGAUCACUCGACUGCUGCACGUCACUUUGACGACAUUGCAUCAGUACAUGGGCCUGAGCAGUGAGCUGAUGAGAAGAGUGAGUGGACGAGGAAGGACUCUGAAUAGAAAAAAAGAACAGCUUAUUAUUUGUUUAUUUGUUAAAAAAUAAGAACACUUAAACAUGAAUAGAUAAAUUAAUCAUUUUAGAGGCGAGACGACGAUAGACUUCGAAAUGGAAGCAGCGCGUCCAAAUUGCAAUUGUCACUUUCGAUAAAGAAGAAGGAAAAACCGUUCAAUGUGAACGACAGUGAGUCUUGAUAGUCAUGGCUGCCGGCAUUUCAGUACCUUUUGUCAUCAAAGUAUACGCCAUGUUUGCGUGACAGUCAUAGUAGGGUCAAUACGAUACAGAAAGUUACAAGUUUGCCAGGUCGAAUAGACACAUCAGAAUGGGAAAGUGGAUGGUCCAGUCUGUACUCGCAGGGAUAUUAAAAUGCGAUUUUCAAGCCCGUUUAGUUGAAAUAAAAUACACGUCAUGAGAAUAAAACUGAGUGAAUGGAAUUGCAGCCGAGGAGGAACAGUUGAUAGUGGCCAGAAAAUGGAUGGCCGAGGCUUUCGGGCUGGUCGCCGACGAGACUAUUAUAAGUCAAAUCGGAAACAAAGUUAGUAGUUUAUCACGAAUUAUCAGUUAACUCGGGCAUCUUUUCUCAGAUUCAAAUCGAAAACUACGAUGCGGGGCACGUCAUCAUCGAACAAGGCGCCGAGGAGGAAGUUCUUAUGAUGGUUCUUCAUGGAAACCUGAUCCUUGCGCAGGUGAGUACCGUAUACAACCGGUUUUUUGUUAUUGAGAAAAACUGAAGUUAUUCAGCACGGAUCAGAAUAUUUAGCUCAGUUCGAUAGGGUAAGUAAGUUGAUUGGAAUGAGUGAGCAAGAUAAAAUUCUCGUGACAUUGAAAUAACAACUGUUGAGAUUGAGAUUAAUAACUUUUCUGUUUAUCUUCUGAAUAUCGUUAAGCGUCGUAUUUCAGGAGUCGUUGUUCGACGAGGAGAGCAAUGAAGAAGACGAAAGUGCAGUGAUCAGAGUGACCGCUCGAGAACUAGUCGGGGGUCUCCAGAUUCUCACAAACGAGCCGUCGUUUUACACUAUUCGCGCGGCUGUCCCAACGAAGGUGGCUAUCAUGAAAAAGAAAGACUUCUCCACGUAAUCGAUGCCACCCCAUUUCACUAUCAAUUUAUCACAUUCAGAUUCCUCGAAGCUCAUCCUGAAAUCUACCUGCCCGUUGCCCAUUCCGUUCUUCGCCGUCUGUCUCCGUUCCUUCGUGGAGUCGACUUUGCUCUCGACUGGGUUCUCGUGGAUUCCGGACACGCCGUCUAUCGUGCCGGCGACGUGGCCGAUUCCCUUUUCGUCGUUCUCAGUGGUCGUCUCCGUUCGGUAGAAAAGAAAACGGUCGUUGAGGAGUUUGGACGAGGAGAUGUGCUAGGAAUGAUGGAAGUUCUCACGAAAAAGCCACGUUCGACGACAGUUCUUGCCGUCCGUUUCUCUCAGUUGGCCCGUGUUCCCGAAGGGCUGCUCAAUUUUAUCAAAAUGCAGUAUCCACAGGUACCAGCAAUGAAAUAGCCAUGGCUUCCAAUCAUGUUCCUCCUCAGGUCGGGUUCCGUCUGGUUCAACUUCUCGGGCAGUACUACAGCCAAAUCAACAGACGUGCCCCCUUCGCCGCCCCCACAGUCAUCAGAACGAACGAAAUGGGCGCUACUGAUCCGAUGAGCCACAUCAAGAAUCUCCACACGAUCGCAGUUGUCCCGGCGUCUCCAGAUGUGCCCCUCGUUCCAUUCACAUGCGAACUCUAUCACGCGCUUUCCUCGAACCUACGAGUUCUCCGUCUUAGCAGUCAGAAAGUGGCCGCCUGUCUGGAUCCGAGUGUUCUUGAAAAGUUGGAAAACUUCCCCCCUUACCAAUAUCAGUGAUUUAUGUUUUCAGACAAGCAGACUUCCGUUUGAUGCACUGGCUGAAUGUGCAGGAGGAUACGUACCCGCUGGUCAUUUACGAAUGCGAUUUCACACCGACAAACUGGACGAGACGGUGUCUCCGACAGGCUGAUGCCAUUCUUGUUGUGGCCAUCGGCGGGAAGAAACCGGAAAAGCAAACGUUGAUGCGAGAGUUGAUGAGCAUGAAUCAGGAUGGAGUGCGAACAAAUAAGGAGCUCAUUCUUCUGUGGCCAGAGAGCACAAAGACGCCGUCAGGCACCAUCGAUUGGCUGAAGAACAGCUAUUUCUCAGGACACCAUCACAUAAGAGCUCCUAAGAGAAUGCUGCAAUGGAAUAGGAAGAGCCGAAAGUCAAGUCGACUGGACCUGUUGACGCCAUUGAAUGUGGAGAGAGAAGUGAUAGAAUACUACGAAAAGAAUGUUUUCUGGACAACCGACCGAAGAUCGGAUUUUUCGCGACUUGCCCGUAUUCUGACUGGAAACGCCAUCGGAUUGGUUCUCGGAGGAGGUGGUGCAAGAGGAGCAGCUCAUGUUGGGGUACUGAGAGCACUUCGCGAGGAGGGAAUACCUGUCGAUAUUGUCGGUGGAACGUCGAUCGGAUCACUGAUCGGAGGACUCUACGCUGAGACACCAGAUGAUACAAUUGUCGAAACUAGAGCCGCCUCGUGGUUCAGUGUGAUGGGCUCUCUCUGGCGGAAGCUUCUCGAUUUGACGUACGCGCAUAGUGCCAUGUUCACUGGUGCACAGUUCAAUUACUCGAUAAAGGAUCUGUUCGAGGAGAGGCUAAUCGAAGACCUAUGGAUCUCCUACUUCUGCAUCUCAACCGACAUCAGUACUUCCGAGAUGCGUGUCCAUCGUUCCGGCCCUCUCUGGGCGUACUGCCGUGCGUCGAUGUCUCUUGCCGGCUACCUUCCACCCCUCUGUGAUCCUCAGGACGGUCAUCUCCUUCUCGAUGGUGGCUACGUGAACAAUGUGCCGGCAGACGUGAUGAGGAAUCUCGGUGCUCGUUGCGUUAUUGCUUGUGAUGUUGGAUCCAUCGAAGAGACUAACUUGUACGAUUACGGAGAUUCGCUCAGUGGCAUCUGGGUUCUCCUCAAAAAGUUGAAUCCAUUCGGAGAGCCUGUGCGGAUUUUGAACAUGGAAGAGAUUCAGAGCCGACUCGCGUAUGUCUCCUGUGUCCGCCAACUGGAAGUUGUCAAGAAGGCAUCGUACUGUCGCUAUCUGAGACCACCAAUUGAACCAUUCAAGACUCUUGAUUUCCCCAAGUUCCAGGAGAUUAUGGUCAGUCUCCAUUUUCCCAUGUCUCAUUCCACAUUUAUAAUGAUUUCAGGCACUUGGCUUAAAGUAUGGUCGGGAAGCCGUUCACGAACUGAUCACCAACGACCGUGCUGGAAUUCUGGGCGACGAAAAGGAAGCAAAGAAGUUCAAGAGACAGCAGAGUCGACGUGAGAAGACAGACGUUUCCCGUGCCGUUUCGUUCACUGAUCUGGCUGCUGCCAUGUCGAAAAUCCCAGUCGUUCGGCCCACUUUGCGUCACUCAAUGAGUCUGAAUCCAGCUGCGAACAUUGCUACCGGACGGGCUGGAGACCACUUUCUCCUCGACGACGACUUGUUCAAUGGUAAGCAUUCAGACUCGAUUUCCUUUUCCAGAGGGGGGUCUUAUGGUUGCCGCUGGUUCCAAAAUUUCACUUCUCAAACAUCCCGCACCUAUGCGUUCGGAAGUUCACGUGUUCAUUUCUCCAUUUAUCCGUCACAACUAUUUUCCUUUUACAAAUAAACGUGGGGACGGACAAACAGAGAAAUAAACAAACAAACAAACAGAGGGACAAACCUGUGAAGAGUUAUAUUAAUAAGAAUGAUAAUUCCAGACACUGAUUAUUACGAAGAAGAAUCGUCGCAAUCGGAGCACGACAACGAAUCGUUCACUGAAGAUGAAGACGUCGUUAUCGGACCGAGCAGUGCUCCUGGAGUCAGCGAUUUUCUCCGUGGAUCCACGCCGCGUCCGUCGCCGUCUUGA